CGACCUUCUGAAAAAUUCGAAUUCAAACGGAUUAUUCUGAAUAAUUCAGGACACGACCUUCUCACCAUCUCCUGACAGAGAAAGUACAAACUUGUUCCAUAAUAUCAAUCUCCGUGUUGUGGAUGGCAUCGCCAUGACAACGUCCGCGGCAUCUCGACAACCCCAAGUCCACCGACUACUCUGCAAUUUACUUCGAUGCCUACCCAGUACUUUACCCAAAACUUGCAAUAAUGUCCCUCUUUCGGACGAAAGAAUGGUGGAGAACAGAAUGUGGAAACUCGGAAACAUUCGACGGCCAGAGUCUGCUGGUGGUGCCUCUCUUUGGUGAGGAAAAACGUGAUAUAAUUAUUGUGGCUAGUCACAGUGGCAAUCUCAGGAUCUACAAGCCCUCGGCGCAAUGGAUAGACGAGACAAACUCAUCAAGCGGUUACAAAUUUACCGAUCUCAUGAUAGAAACCAAAAUUGCAGACUGCAUAAUCGACGUUAAAUCGGGAAAAUUCGUGUCGGGUUCUCAGGAUGUUCGUCUUGGUGUGUUGAUGCCGACGAAACUCGUCGUUUAUGGUGUUACACUCACCGCGGGAUCCACAGACCAUGGUGAUCGGUGCCUUCUGGAAGUUGCUUACGAGCACGAGUUGCCGCGUUUUCCUGCAUCACUCAUCGUUGGACCAUUUGGUGCUGCACGUGGUCGUGAUUUCUUCUGCGUUCAGUGUAUAGAUGGUACAAUGUUAUUUUAUGAACAGGAGACUCAUACGUUUGUUCAGCCGAUGAAAAAUCGGUUGCUGCCUGAACCAAUUGCUUAUGCACCGAAAAAUGAUGUCUUUGUCACGACAAAUCCUGGAUGGUGUCUCGAGUGUUACAGGUAUCAAAAUAUUGCGGAAUUCGGGAGAACAGCUGAGGAAAGGAUGAUGAAGGGAGAGGACAAGUCACUUGAACCUGAUUGGAUUUAUAAUCUUGGUGAAGCUGUACUUGGAAUUGAACCAGUGACACUCACUAGCUUCGAGGUCGGUAUCGUUGUCCUCGGGGAGAGGAAUCUCUACUGCUUCCGUGAUAACUGCACCGGAGUUAAAUACGCCAAGAGACUCGACUACACACCACUAUGUUUUCAUGCUUAUGUAAUUGAACCGGACGGCAAGCUGAUGGUUCUCGUCGUCGCCGACACGGACACCCUGCUGGUUUACGAGGGCACGACACUCAAGUGGUCCGCGCAAUUGCCUUUCACACCUGUCGCGAUUGCGAGAGCACAUUUUCAGCAUUUGGAGGGUGUCAUCGUGAUUCUUUCGGAGGAGGGAAGACUCGAGGCGUGCUACCUCGGCGCCGAGCCGUCUCUUUUCGUUGCUCCGCCUAUUCAUCGACGAGGAUUUGAUUACAAAGCAGCUGAGGAUGAGCUCGUUGAGAUGAGAAAAAUUACCAAAAGUGCCACCACCGCCGAUAAAGAACUAUCACCAGCUACUAUGGAAUCUGAACUUCUAAUGACAAUUGAUAUCUCAAAGGAUCUCGAAAAAGCCCCGCUGAUUGGAGAGAAUGAGGGGGAGCAAGAUUCAAUGUGUCGGAUCAACAUUGAAGUUUCGUCCUACACUCCGCUGACGAAUGUUGAGGUCAAUGUUGAAGUUUUGCGGCCAUUGGUGGUUACUAACGGAUAUCAUGUGUUUCCAGCUCUACGUGAGCGUCAAGUAAUUCAAACAACAAUUUACAUAAAUGAAAUUCUGCCUCCAUUGUCAUCAGAAGCCCGUAUAACAGCUUCAUACGAGACAGACAACGGUGGACUUCGUGUCCUCCAAAAACCCAUUCAAUUGCCAUUGAGAAUGAUGCUGCGGGCCUGUCCACCCGAGACUAACGCGUCCUUCUCGGUCACGAUUAAGUGCCUGGAUCCCCUCGUAAAUUUCAGCCAACUCUUCCCCGAAUUCAUCGUGGACACUACACAGCGGCCCUCAUCCAAUGCACUUGGUCUACGGGUUUUAAAUACCAAUCACGUUGUCACGAUUGUUGCUGGAGCCAGUACAAAUCGUUAUCGAGUACAAUCUAAUGAUCCACUGUCGAUGACCCUUGUGCUACAGCAGAUGGUGACAAGACUCAAAUCUAGAUCACCCGGAAAUAUUGUGACGUCUAUUGGACAGAAUCAUCUGCAACUCGUUCAAUCUCAGGUUGAGGCGCAUUUUGGGAGUCGUCAGAGGGUUAAAGCAAUAUCGAAUGAGAUAGCGUUGCUGACAACUCAACUCAGAAACAUCGAGCGGAAAAUUCUACAAGGAAUUCGGGACAGAAAUGUGCGAUCCCUCGGUGCCACGGGGCUUCCAGUGCUGCUCGAAUCAACAUAUCGUGCAAUGUUUUCUCAUCUACAGGAGCUAGAGGCAGCACAAGUAGAACGCUCGAGAGCUGGUCAUGGUUUACAGUGUGCUGUGAGGUUAUUGCUACUGCUGAUUCGACCCAAUGUAAACGACGAAAAAUACGCGAUACUCGAGUCGGCCAUUGGUUUUGAGCCACAACUCCGUAACGACGUUGAUUGGGAGGAAGUGGCAGACGUAGCCCUCUUCGCACUCUUACGUGUGACCUCUAGGAAGCCGGAAAACGAGCCAUCAACCAGACAGCUGACCUGGAACAAAUUCGACACAGCACGAGAUCUGGCAAAACUGAAAAAACGCCUGGUACAUGCAGUCGAACGGUUGAGCAAACCUUUGGAAUCGGUUCAAGAGAAUGAAGCUGAUAGCGCGGAAUGAGGGAAAAAGUGAUGACUGACUAGAAGAUGCCGGGAGAUUACCCGAUCUGGGAAGAUCACGUGCGAUUUCCACAGAGAAUGGUGUAUCUGAACAGUGGAACGAGCCAUGAAAAUGCGAGGGUAGAGGAACAAGUGGAGUCAGCUUAUCGCAUUGAAUCUUCAGCGUAUGCUCAAUUACGCACCGAUCGGAAAACAGAGGGGUAUUGAUAACGAUCCGAUGGGGAUACCACCUACGUCUGAGUAAUGUACGGCUGUUAUACCGUGACAAUUUUUUUUGUAAAUUAAUAUCGUUGCAG